AUGCGUUUCUCCAACCUCGCCGUCUUCGCCCUCACCGGCUUGACCAUCGCCAGCCCCGUCGUCAGCAAGCGCGACACAAACGCCGAUGUCGUCUCUCUCCUAACCGACCUCUACGCCACGGUGCAAACCUACACCGGCGCUAUCAACGCCACUCUAGCAACUCUAUCUCCCUCGUCCUCCAUCCUCGAAAAAACCGCCGCCGCGCCCCUCGUCGGCGAACAAAUCUCCAAAAUCACCGCAGCAAUCACGUCGACCGCGGGCGAGAUCAAGGCUCUCCCACCCGUCACUGGCGGCGAGCCCACCACCAUCACCACCACGUCCACAUCCCCUACUGAAAAGCGCCAAGUCGGCGCCAUCGCCGUCGCGGCUCUUCUCGGGCUCAUCAUCGUGGAGAUAUUCGCAACCUUGGGCGCAGCCAUCUUGGUCUUGGGCGUGGGCUUACUGUUGGUGUUCACGACGCCGAUGGUGAGUUCGCUGAGUCUGUUGAUUCUGACGGUGCAGGCGGUGUUGAAUGUUGUGUUGCUUGGUGUGACGACGCUGUUGAACACCAUUCUGACGAGUUUGGCGUUGGGGGUUUCGGGGUUGUAG